AUGGGGGUCAAUGAUUUACUGAGCACGAAUCAGAUUGAUAUCCUGUCUAAUGUGUACAUAUCAUUGCUCACUUUCAGUUUGGUUGGAAGUUUUUCAGUCCUGGUUGUUUCCAUAGUCAAAUGGAGACAUCUAAGAGAUCAGGUCCACCUCCUGGUGCAGCUCACUCUGGCGGACCUCCUGGCGGCUGCCAUCCUAAUGUUCACCGCUGUCACAAAUAAAUUUAACAGCAACGUUAAACUUGCACUCAUGUGCCAUUACAGCCUGCCACUUUCACUGACAUUUUAUUUCAUUUCAUUCCUGUUGGUGGUUGUUUAUGCCUGGAAGUCAAGAAAGGCCAUUCAGGGAUGGAGGGAAAGGUCUCCAGAUGAUGAGGACAUACUGAAUCAAUGCAAAAAACGAUUUGUAGAGACACCUUUAUACACCCUUGUGUGCUGUAUUUUGUUUUUGGAUCUCUGGGGGCAUUUCUCAGUUAAUGAGAGAGAUGAUGGAUCGAAUUAUUCCCAUGAAUAUAUCAUCGGAAUUGUUCUUUUCAUUGUGUUGAUAUCAGUGAUGAUAUCCUGCUCGUUUAUUUACUAUAAGGUGGGAAAGUGGUAUGAAACACGCAUCCAUGACGGGUUCUUUCCUGUAGAGGGAGACGGGCUUUCAAGGAGGCGAUUUAAACGAUUGUUUUCUACAGCGCGGAAUAUGGUGAUGGUCAUCUUCCUCUGCUGGACACCAGUUCUCGUUGUCAUUCUGCUGUCUAUACCGGUGAUAUCAUCAAAAGUUGAACAGCGCCACAUAUUUGGUCUUUAUGUCUUUCAGGCUGCCAUGGUGUCCCUUCAAGGCUUUCUGAACAGCAUGGUUUACGCCUGGAAACGGCCCAACUUUACAGAGGCCGUUCUCGGGGAGACCACAGCCCUGGUGGGACACAGCCAGCUGGCUUUCUUUGAUGAAUCGUUCAGAAUCUGA